AUGGCAGCUUUUGCUGUGAUCCUCACUAUAGCCUUGCAUGGUUCCAGUGCUCUGAAGGUGUUCCUCAUAAUUGUAAUCAAUUAUACGAUAGCCAAACGCCUUGCUGGCUCUACCCUAGGUAACCUUAUAAUUUGGAUCGUUAACCUCGUCAUCCUGUUCGCGAACGAAAUUUAUGAUGGUUAUAAUUACUCAUCCAUUCACUCCGCAUUUGCAUUUCUGUCCUCUGUGCCUCUGAAUGUACGACAAAGGGCCUCGCAUAGUCAUCCCCAGAUCAUGUACAAUUUUGUGAACUAUUUGGCCUACACGCUCUAUUCGCCAUUGUACAUCGCGGGGCCCAUCAUGACCUUCAAUGAUUUCAUCUGGCAGAUGAGAAGGCCGAUCAACAUCGACAGGAAAUCUGUUCUUGGUUACGCUCUCCGAUUCGUUGUGUGUCUCUUGACCAUGGAGCUUAUUCUGCACUACAUGUAUGUAGUAGCCAUAAAGGAUACCAAAUCCUGGUACGGGGCUACUCCUAUGGAGCUCUCCAGGUACAUCUACGUUCCGCUUGGAGGUAGUGCGAAUGUUAUUUUGGCUACCCUGGUGUCCUUUACGUUUGUCGCUCUGUGGCAUGACCUCAAGUUGAGAUUAUUGGCGUGGGGUUGGCUAGUGACGCUUUUCGUGAUUCCAGAACUAGUCUUGAGCAAAGCAUCUCCGGGCCAUUGGGGGCGUUGGGAAUGUACUUAUGCUCAUGGUCGCAAAUUUAGUUGGGUUUGUAAUCGGCUUAGAAGGGAUAAAAUAUCUGGGGACACAACUAGUAGGAACCUGGAGUGCACAUGUGAGGCUGGGCUAUUGCAACGUCACUCUUACCUCUACCUCUCCCUUUGGCUCCCUCUCAAUAAUCAUUAUUUUAGAAUGUGGAUUUUCGACUGGUUCUGGGACAUUCUUGCUCAACUGGGUGAGCGGCUAAAUGGUGUUAUUUCUUACCUUCUGCUCACGGGAGUGUGUUUCUGUCCGACAAAGGUUUGGCGCACAAGAAUGCCAAAAUCCUCUUCCUUGGGCUUGACAAUGCUGGAAAAACCGUUCGUUCAUCGUUUAUUUUCUCGAGCUAAUAGCGUGCUGACCGCAGUCCUUGGAUCAGACGCUGCUCCACAUGCUGAAGAACGACCGACUGGCCACCGUCUGAAGAGUUGGCUAUUGGCCAGGUUAAAUUUACUACCUACGACUUGGGAGGACACCAACAGGGUCAUACAUGCCAUUGUGUUCAUGGUCGACACUGCGGAUGUAGAGCGUUUACCCGAGUCCAAAGCGGAACUUGAUGCCUUGCUAUCAAUUGAAGAACUCUCAAAAGUUCCAUUUGUCAUUUUUGGAAACAAGAUUGAUGCUCCGGGUGCCGUGUCUGAGGAUCAGUUGAGACAUGCGCUUGGUGUCUUCCAAACCACUGGAAAGGUGAAUGCCAACCCAUUCUCGGAAACCAACAGCGCUAAUAUUCGAUGUGUCUCCGUUGAUAUCUAG